AUAUAGCGUACGCGAGCUGCGAGUAGGAGUGAGAGAGAGAAUUUACCUCUGCUCUGGCAUCUCUGUCUCACCUCGGCGCUCUUUUGACGUCACACGGUGGCACGCUGGCCAUACUCGCUCACGCCCAGCUCUUGGUCGGUAUACACGGGGGGAAGGAAAAAUCGAGCCAGCCGUAGCGACUACAGAGCUCGACAGAGCUCGAGUAGAGCCUUGUUGCGACGACGUCGUGUAUUCGGUGCGUCUCGAGACGAGCGAGAGUAGUAAAGUGUACGCGCGCGCGUCGGCUAACCCCUAAAACGAGGAAAAGAAAAGAGAAAAGACCCACGACGACGACGUGCAUGUCGCUGGCUCAGCUAACAACGCGGCUCUAUGUGCGGGUGUAACCGAAUGCGUUGGAGGUAGAGGAAUAACGACGAAAUAAGUGCAUGCGUGUGGUGCGAGAGAGCGAAAACGAGUGCGCGUGAGAGAGAACGAACGAGCGAAGGAGAGCGAACGAGAAGAAUAAUGUUCCGCUGCAUCCCAAUCUUCAAAGGCUGCAACAGACAGGUCGAAUACGUGGACAAGCGGCACUGCUCCCUACCCAGCGUUCCAGAUGACAUUCUCAGGUAUUCCAGGAGCCUCGAGGAGUUGCUGCUCGACGCCAAUCACAUCCGCGACCUGCCCAAGAAUUUUUUUCGGCUACAAAGGCUUCGCAAACUCGGCUUAAGCGACAAUGAAAUUCACCGGCUGCCACCCGACAUUCAGAAUUUUGAGAAUCUCGUGGAGCUCGAUGUCUCCAAAAACGAAAUUCCGGAGAUUCCCGAGAACAUCAAGAACCUGCGAUCGCUACAGGUUGCCGAUUUCAGCAGCAAUCCUAUACCAAGGCUACCUUCCGGCUUCGUCGAGCUGAGGAAUCUCACAGUCCUCGGUCUCAAUGACAUGUCGCUGUCACAGUUGCCGCCAAAUUUCGGGGGACUCGAGGCGUUACAGUCGCUGGAGCUGAGGGAGAACUUGCUCAAGUCAUUACCCGAGAGUGUCUCACAGUUGAGAAAGCUCGAGCGGUUAGAUCUUGGCGAUAAUGACAUCGAAGAAUUGCCACCAUACAUCGGCGAGUUACCCGCAUUGGAGGAGCUUUGGCUGGAUCAAAAUCAGCUGCAGCACCUACCGUCGGAAAUCGGCCAACUGCGUACCCUCGUGUGCCUGGACGUAUCGGAGAAUCGUCUCGAAGACUUGCCGAAAGAAAUUGGCGGACUGGAAUCGCUGACCGACCUGCAUCUCUCUCAGAACGUAAUUGAGAGGCUGCCCGACGGCAUAGGUCAACUGAAAAAUUUGACGAUUCUCAAAGUGGAUCAGAAUCGUCUGUCGGCGCUGAAUCCCAAUAUCGGCAAUCUGGUCAACCUGCAAGAGCUGAUACUCACGGAAAACUUCCUAAUGGAGCUGCCCACGACGAUAGGCAAGCUCGUCAAUCUCAACAAUCUGAACGUGGAUAGGAAUAGCCUGCAGUACCUACCUACGGAAAUUGGCAACUUGAAAAAGCUCGGCGUCCUGUCGCUGCGAGACAACAAACUGCAGCACAUGCCUUCGGAGGUCGGUCAAUGCACCGACCUCCAUGUGCUCGACGUGUCCGGCAACAAAUUGCAGUUUCUACCCUACUCGAUGAUCAAUUUAAAUCUGAAGGCCGUAUGGCUGAGCGAAAACCAAGCCCAACCUAUGCUCACCUUCCAACCGGACGUCGACAAACAGACCGGCCAGGAGGUGCUCACUUGCUUUCUUCUGCCGCAGCGUGACUAUCAGCGCGACGACACCACGAGAUUGAACAUGAUGGUGGGUAUGCGAGAGAACGUAAUAGGAAGCCAUGUGGGUCCAGGAGGGGCGCCACCGAGCGGUGGUGAGAUGCGCGAGGUUGGCGGCAAUAGCAGCGACGAGGAAAACUGGUCGGAGCGCGAGCCGUCGCGCAGUCACAGCGUCAAAUUUUCGGACGAGCCACCGGAAGCCGACAAGGAGACUCCGUUCGUGAGACAGAACACUCCUCAUCCGAAAGAGCUGAAGGCGAAAGCCCACAAGCUCUUUAGCAAGGGAAAGAACGACAGUCGUUCUGCAUCCGCAGACGAACAGGAUGUCUCGCAAGCGUUCGGCUUGGACAGACUCGAGGAACAAGAGCAGCAGCAGCAGCAAUCAGUGCAGCAGCAGCAGCAGCAGCAGCAGCAGCAGCAGCAGCAGCAGCAUCAGCAGCAGCAGCAGCAGCAGCAGCAGCAGCAGCAGCAGCAGCCGGAAGUAGUAGUAGCAGUGAGCAGUAACGCAGCCAACGGCAGUUCCGCUGGCGCUGCACCUGCGCCAAGCAUCACUAAACCCGAGGCCAUCGGCGAGGCGCAUCGACAAGUUCAAAUGAGAGUUAGGUCGAAUGAUGAGGAUGAUGAGGAUAAUGGCGUGGGUGAUGAUGACGAUGAGUCGGAGGGCGAGAGGCACGUGGACUUCGCCAUAAGCGAGGAAGCGGAUUUUGGGGAGGGGGGUGGUGGGGUGGCUGCUACUGGCGAGAGUGGCAAGCAAAACCGUCUGCAUCGUCGGGACACCCCGCAUCACCUGAAAAACAAACGUAUUUACAGUACGGUCGACAAGGAUAAGGUCGCUUCCAUCAUUGCUCAGGCGCUGAUGAAAAAAACAGAAGAUACGCAGCCAGUAAGCGCGGCAGUAUCCCCAGCUUAUCCGACAUAUGGCGAGAACGAGAACGUCGAUGGACAUAGCCAAGGUGCACUGUCGGAUACCGAGCCAUCGAUAGAGAUACGCGAGGAACAGUAUGAAAUUCAUAUCGAACGAACGACUGGCGGUUUGGGACUAUCAAUUGCUGGUGGUAUUGGCUCCACGCCGUUCAAGGGUGACGACGAAGGCAUCUUUAUCUCGAGGGUUACCGAAGGCGGACCGGCAGACUUGGCGGGCCUGAGGGUAGGCGACAAAGUGCUCUCCGUCAACGGUACCUCCGUCAUUAGCGUCGACCACUACGAUGCUGUGGAGGUUUUAAAAGCUUGCGGUCGCGUUCUCGUCUUGGUCAUAUCUAGAGAAGUUACGAGAAUAGUGCCGCCAUCCGAGCAGAUGUCGAUGCGAAAAGACUCGGUAAGUUCAAGUAUGAGUACAAGCCGAGCACCCAGUGCGACAUCUUAUGUAUCAUCAACCACGUAUUCCCAUAAUCUCGAGAACGGCGAAACCGAUGAAACGAUAAAUAAGAAAAAAAUACCCGAACCUCUCCCACCAAUCAAGCAGCCCACAGCGGACCCUUUGGUACCCGUACUAGUUCACACGACGUUGAUUAGAGAUCAAAAUGGAUUAGGUUUUAGCAUUGCCGGAGGCAAGGGCUCACCUCCGUAUAAGCCGAAUAGCGAAGCUAUAUUUAUAUCCAAAAUAACCGAAGGCGGAGUGGCGCAGAAGGACGGCAAGUUGUGCGUCGGCGACAAAAUAACAUCGAUUAAUGGAGUAGAUAUGACCGACGCGCGGCACGAGCAAGCUGUGACUCUGUUGACAGGCCUGGAGAGGUUUGUUCGACUAGUGGUCGAACGCGAGAUACCUUUGUCACAAGCGAACGCUACUUUUACACCUUCAGAAAAGUCACCUCUGGUGAUCGGUACUCCUAAACCUUACACUGGCUUAUACAGCGCCAACAGUUACAUGGCCAAUCGGCCUGCUCUGACUGCUUAUCGUCGCUCGAUAGACGCCGACAGAAUGCUGUCACCCUGUCCCGUCUCCGCAUAUCCACCGCCCUUGAUAAUUGACUCGUCGACGUUGUCACCACCCAUCAAUGGUAUCGCCAAGAUGAACGGCGUCGAGGAGGUUAAAAAAAUUGUUACCACUACCACUACUAGCCCUACGCCACCGCCUCCGCUUCAUCCUCAGCCCGCUCCAAGGCAGAGCAUCAAUCAACCAACGCAGCCACAGCUAGCGCAGCCUUCUCGACAGUCACAACAGACGAGGACGCCAACACCUGGUGCCGAAGACAAAGCAGACUCACAAGAAGACAUUCAGGUACCGAAGCCAAUCACCAACGAGGAAUUUCAGGCCAUGAUCCCCGCUCACUUCCUUCGACCCCCGACAAACUCCUCACCCCCGCCAGACUUUUCCUCCCAAAAGGGGCCCACCGUCACCGUGACAAUCAAGCAGCCCGAGACUGGACUGCCCGGGGACAUUAGUUUCCCACCGGCACCAAAGACUAUUGGUAAAGUUACGGAGACCAUCACUAAGAGCACACUCACCGAGACUGUCGUGACGCGUGUCACCGACAACCAGCUACUCAGGCCGGUCAUUAUCGAGGAUGUUGUUCUUAUUAAGGAGGGAUCUCUUGGAUUCAGCAUUAUCGGAGGUACCGAUCACUCUUGCACGCCGUUUGGAGCGAAAGAACCAGGAAUUUUCAUUUCCCACGUGGUUCCCGGUGGUAUUGCCGCCAAAUCAGGUAAAUUACGUAUGGGAGAUAGAAUAUUGAAGGUCAAUGGAGUUGAUAUUACCAAAGCAAGACAUCAAGAGGCUGUGAUGGAAUUACUCAAGCAAGGAGACCAGAUAGUUUUAACCGUUCAACACGAUCCACUGCCGGAAAAUUAUCAACUGGUCGAUAUAGAGUACAUCCCUGUGACAGAACUCAUAAUUAGAAAAGAACCUGGCGAAAAGUUAGGUAUGCAUAUCAAAGGUGGACUGAAGGGGCAACGGGGCAAUCCCCUUGAUCAAAGCGAUGAAGGUGUUUUUAUCUCUAAGAUUAACUCUGGUGGUGCAGCAAAACGUGAUGGUCGUUUGAAGGUUGGCAUGCGAUUGCUCGAAGUAAAUGGUACAUCUCUUCUCGGUGCAACACAUCAGGAAGCUGUGAAUAUAUUGCGAAGCUCCGGAAAUAUUAUUACUCUGAUCGUGUGCAAAGGCUACGACAAGGGUGAAAUAGAUCAGAAUUUAUCGGUCUCAGGUAGAGAAUCUAAGGAGUCAAAAACGUCGUCCAAGGAAUCGAAGGACACCAUAACGGUCGAGGAUGCCAAAUCUUUGUCGCAAAGUGUUUCUAGUCUUGACCGAGACGACGAAGAAGCAGCAACUUUACGGCAAGAGCAAGAGAUGAAAGCAGAACUCGUCGCUUGGGAGCAAGAAGAGAGAGAACGAGCUUUACUCGAACAGAAGGAAAAGACAACUCCAGAGAAGGUUCUAGAUUUCGUCAGAGCAGCAGAGUCUUUGGUAAAUAAGCCUAGUAGUCCAGUCGACUCAACAACUCCUAUUCCCCCCAAAUCUCCCGGUGGUACGAAGGACUUGAAAACGACGACUAUCGUAAUGAGCAAACACACCUUAACUCCCCAAACUCCUCCGCCAUCAAACACGACAUCGGCACUGGGCGCGAAAGAAGACAUCUCGGGUACAUCGGUCGACAGCCCGUCACCACUACCACAGUCCUCGAUGAUCUUCACCUAUCCGUGCAUGCCGCGGAAGACAAUAAGCAGCAACCAGCAGCAGUACCCCGAGACGUACUCGAUGGCCUCGCAGACGCUGCCGGCGGCAUCGCAGAAAAAGAAACGCAGUAUAACGUUCGCAUCGCUGCCGUCACCCUAUCAUCAGCGGCACAAAUCCGUGAGCACCGGUGACGUGUCGGUAGCUCAGCAGCCGCCGAUAUUCUCGUCACGCACUUCGGGAAAUAGUUUUUUCGGCGCGCACUCGCAGCCUCAAGGCUACCGGGUGUCGCCGACUCCCACCUCGACCUCGUCGUCGCCGCACUUCAAGCUACCCCCAACGCCACUGACCAGCCCCGACUCCAUGACUAUCGUGGGCGAAGUGCACGGGCCAGGCGAGGGUCUGCCCGAUAAUGCCGUCGCCCCAACUGUAUACCGACAGUUAGCACGCACUGUCGAGCGCGAGCCACCGUCAACGCCGUCGCCAACGCCUGUACCGCAGAAAAUGUCCGUUAGCGACAGGAAGCGGCUGUUUGAGAAUGCCAUGGAAGAACACCUGAAGCCAUCACCGAAACCAGAAAAAGUCUUCAGUUUCUUAAGUCAAGACGAGAUUGAAAAGCUAAAGCUGGAAGAAGAGAAGAAGAUCAGCAUGAUGAAAGAUGACCUGAAAUCCUGGGGACAGAGCGAUGAUAACGAGGGAUUAGAUGACGAUGAUCCUGUUGAAGAUCAAGACAGCAGAAGACCAAAUAGUCGACUGAGUUCGCGAACUGGAAUACCCGUCCUCCAAAAUGUACCAAGCGUAGUGAGAACAGCGAAAGCUGAGAAGCGGCUGAAAGAGCGCAUGAUCCAAGAGGGUUUGCUUUCCGACGAAGAUGAGGAAAGUCACUUGACACCUGCCGAACAAAGAGCAUUAAGGGCAGAGAAAAGGGCAGCCUGGAGACAAGCUCGACUUAAAUCCUUAGAACAAGAUGCCCUGCAAGCGCAACUGGUGAUAAAGAAGAUGAGCGAAAUGAUGGACACGUCGAUCAAACCUGAUGCUCCUUCAGCGCCUUCCCCAAAGGACAGCGUAGACAGUAACGAGCUUGCGCCAGAAAUGGAAAAAAUAACAGAGUUCGGCAUGCUUCGGCCGUCAAGCGCGGAUUUUCCAAAGCUUGCCGUGCGCAGCAAACUGGGCCCAGCGAAAGCUGUGCGCGAGUCUGAAAAAGUCGUCGACGAGAAAGUGACACAGCGCACCGAGGAAUACAUUGACGAGGCGACCGGCGAACGACGCAUUCGUACUGUCGAAUACGUCGAGAAGCUGAUCGAACGCGAGGUUGAGAUGCUGCGCGAAAAAAUCAUAUCCCUAGAGCUGAGCAACCCGGAGGAAGAGAUGAUGGGUAGCAUAACUGGUACCGCACUAAGCGAUAGCGAAAGCGAGGAACAAUUGAGUUCAGCCGUCGACACACCAACCGUGGAAAAAAGCGAAAGUGGCUUUGAUGGUGUUAGCAGUCCACAAGAAUCGACGACAGCCGAAGAUGGUGUCACCGAAAACAAUGACGACGAUACGGUUAACAAUGGCUCGUCGACAGCAUCAAGUGGCAGCAAUAAUAAAAAGAAAAAACGAAAACGCUCGAAAAAAGGCAGAUAUUGAAUGCCCGAGAGUAUUCUAUUGUAUUUUUUUUCGUUAUCGAGCUCAUCUCCGAAGAGCAAAUGGUUUAUACAUACGUCCGAUUUAUCUAGAUAAGUUGUGUGUGAGAGACGAGAAAAUGAAAAUGUAUAAAAUAAAUAGUAUGUGCGAAUGCGAAAGAGAUUCACCCAUCUUUUUUUAAACGAGAAUGCACACUUUCUAUCCUGCCAUUAAGUAUUUACGAUUUUAGCGCGUAUAUAUGUAACGUAGUCUUUUAACAAAAGAAACAAACAUACACGGACGAAUAUAUAUAUCAGUAAUCAAAACGAAAGUAUUUUUUACCCGACCGAUCUAAGUAUACGCCUAUAUAUGUGAUAAGUGCGAAUUGGAUGUAAACAUUCCUUCUGUCCUCAGUGUCGCGCCCGCCUCAGGCAUAUAUUAUCCCAUAAUCUUGACUCAAUUAUUAUUUUUUUCAUACACACGCGUAGCAAAGAGUUUUUUUUAUAAAAAAAAAAUCAAGGUAUACAACGUCGAUCAAUAGUUACACAUAUACAUAAUAAAGAAAAGUUACGUUGCUUACAAUUGUUAGCUUGAGGGAUUAGGGUGAGAUAACUCGCUUCGAUAAGCUUUUCUAUAAGCUUGUUUUAUAAAUAUUAUAUUGUAUCCUCGCGUUGCUAUCCUUUUUUUAAUUAUUGCUAGAUGUUUCUUGUUUUGUCAAGAUGUUUUUAUGUAAAAAGAAAACUCAUAGAGAAGCUGCAGAAGAAUUUUAUUAUUCAAGAUAAAACUUUCUGGUACUACUUAUUUGCAGUCAUUUUUAAUAUUGUAAAUGGCGUUAGGUAGACUAUUAACAAACUUAUGGUGUUACGUUAUGUGUUUUAUUUCACAUAAUUGGCUAUAUAGAGCGGAAGGAAAUGUAAAUUAUAUUUUAUAGUUGGGUAGUUAGCAUACAUAUUGAAAGUUUCUAAUGAUUGUAAGUCUUUUUUUUGUACGCGCAGAUUGACAGAUAAUUUUUUUAGAAUAUUUUAUUUAUUCUUCAUCGUUCAAACAUCAUUAUUAGAACGUACGACUUUCUUUAAUCACACUUUUUAUGUUAGAUAAUUAUAUCAAUGUGCAUUACGUUCGAUAUUUAUGAUAAUCUUACCUUAUGGUACGCGUAAUGUGGGACCAACAGCUUGAAAAUAUAAAGUGCUAAAUUUCAUUCCUGCUCAUACAAGUUUUUUUUAUAAAUGCAUUUUAUUAUUAUUAUUAUUAUUAUUAUUAUUAUUAUUAUUAUUAUUAUUAUUAUUAUUAUUAUUAUUAUUAUUAUUAUUAUUAUUAUUAUUAUUAUUAGUAAUUUGCUUAAUUCAAAGCAUUAAUGUCACGAAAGCUUAUGUCAAGUGCACGCUCGCAAUGAUCCUUCAAGUAUUCAUUAUUCAUGAAAAUAAAUUAACAAUUAAAUCAGGUAAGAUAAUCUUUAUUUGAAAAAUUACUUAUGUGUUAUUUUGAUAAUGUUACUAAUCAUGAGAAAAAUGCAUAUUAUCAUCCAGCCUGUCGCGAGAAUCUCAAUGAAGGACUUAUGACAGAGCUUGUAUUUUGAUUAAGAUAUAGAUUUUACUUGUCAAUAAUUGAUUUUAAGAUAUAAUGUUAAUCUAGAACGCGAGAAUCAUUUGUAUCUGCUCUAGUAAUAUAAUUUUUUAUGAAAAGUUUUGAAAUAUAAAGCUUUAUGAUAUAAUAAUAUCUAUAGUUUAUUUUCAAUUCGAUGAAUACGGCAGUCUUGAUAUAUGACUGAUAUGUAAGCGGCGAUGUCAGAAUUUGUUGUUGAAUUAGAAGUGUUUUAUUAUUUAGAACAGAAGCAUAUAUUUAUUAAAAAACAGCUGUAUUCUUUACUAAGCAAUAUUUAUACGUUUUGUAAUCCUACACAUGUGUAUUUGUAAGGAAAAUUUAUGCAGA